CUACUCUAAUAAACCUUCCUUCUUCUGGGUUUUUUUAUCCUGUUCAAAUUUGCACUCACACAGUGAAGGUGUAGCCGGAGUUAUUCCGUCGUCUCCAAAUUCCACGCCCUAAAUUCCUGCACUUCUGGUGCUUGAAUUUGGCAAUUAGAGAUCAUAUGGCGGCGGCGGCGGGUGAGGAGGAGGAGUCGGCCAAGCAGAGGCUCUGGGACGGCGUGCUGGAGCUGACCAAGGCCGCGCAGGAGAGGGGCACCGAUCCCCUCAUGUGGGCCAUGCAGCUUUCCGGAAGCCUCACCGCUGCCGGAGUUUCCAUGCCCUCCGUUGAGCUGGCGGAGGUUCUCGUUUCUCAUAUUUGCUGGUCGAAUAACCACCCAAUCGCCUGGAAAUUCCUCGAGAAGGCGCUUACUAUUCGCAUCGUCCCGCCUAUGCUCAUUCUUGCACUUCUCUCCACUAGGGUUAUACCGAGCCGAAGGAGGUACCCAGUGGCAUACAGAUUGUAUAUGGAGCUUCUUAAGAGAUAUGCAUUCUCAUUGCUGUCUCUGAUCAAUGGUCCUAACUAUCAGAAGAUAAUGGAAUCUAUCAAUGAUGUCCUCCAGUUUUACCAAAUAUUUGGUGUUCAAUCCUCUGAACCAGGGAUUCUCAUUGUUAUAUUUGUAUUCUCUAUUGUAUGGGAGCUACUUGAUGCUUCACUUGAUGAUGAAGGUCUGUUAGAACUCACAGCUGAAAAGAAGUCGAGGUGGCCAGUUAGGAGUCAAGACAUGGACAUAGACUAUCUUGAUAAUUUUGAUGGGAAAAGAAUGGAACGUCAGGAAGCAUUGAGUAAGAUAAAUACUAUUAUGGCUGUUGAAAUGCUUGGGGCAUUUUUCUGCGACAAAACAACUUCUAGGAUUCUUUACUUAGCCCGUCGAAACAUGCCAGUGCAUUGGGAAUGCUUCAUCGAUCAUGUAAGACUGCUGGCUGCUAAGUCUGGUUCUCUAAGAAACUCAAAAGAUAUAUCUCCCGAGGCACUCUUGCAGUUGACAUCUGCUGCACGCCAAGUUCUGUCACGUGAAUGCAAAACAAACUCACAGACACAACUUCAUGCAGUGACAGCUAGUUGUCCUAUGUCGUCUGCCGGCCAGUGUCAUGCUACAGUUCGUUCAGCACUUUGGCUUCCGAUAGAUCUUUACUUAGAAGAUACAAUGGAUGGAUCACAAGUCAGAGCUACCAGUGCUGUUGAAACUCUAACUGGUUUGGUGAAGGGUCUGCAGGCUUUAAAUGAGACCACUUGGCAGGAGGCAUUUCUUGGUUUGUGGACUGCAGCUUUACGUCUUGUCCAGAGGGAGAGGAAUUCAAGUGAGGGUCCUGUUCCUCGCAUUGAUACUUGUUUAUGCAUGUUAUUGUCCGUUGCAAUACUUGCAGUUGUCAAUAUUAUUGAAGAGGAUGAGAAUGAGUUGAACAGUGAACCUGAACAGUGCUCCGUCAGUCAGAGAAAAAAUAUUGAACAGGUGGGAAAGCGCCGCCAAGACUUAAUAUCAAGCCUUCAGCGGUUGGAUGACUUUGAAGGGUUGUUGACUGCACCACCACCUGUUAGUUUAUUGGCCAAUCAAGCUGCUGCAAAAGCAAUGAUGUUCCUUUCAGGCAUGUCUGUUGGAAGUGGCCACCUUAGUGGCCUGAGUUUGAAUGACAUACCCUUGAAUUGUUCUGGUAACCUCAGGCAUCUUAUUGUUGAAGCUUGCAUUGCUAGAAAUGUCUUGGACACAUCAGCAUAUAUGUGGCCUGGAUAUGUAAAAGGUCGCUGCAGCCAAAUUCCUCGAAACAUUCCUGGGCAAGUGCCUGGCUGGUCAUCUUUCAUGAAAGGGUCACCUUUAACUCCUCCGAUGGUCAGUGCGUUGGUGUCAACUCCAGCAACUAGCUUAGCAGAGUUAGAGCGAAUAUAUGAGAUUGCUGUCAGUGGCACAGAUGAUGACAAGAUUUCCGCUGCUACAAUAUUCUGUGGGGCUUCCCUUACUCGUGGUUGGAGCAUACAGGAACAUACAGGCCUUCUAAUCACAAGAUUGCUCUCGCCUGCUGUCCCUAAAGAUUUUUCUGGAAGUGAAAGCCAUUUGAUAGGUUAUGCUCCAUUUUUGAAUGUUAUUCUUGUCGGAGUAUCAUCUAUUGAUUGCAUUCAGAUUUUUUCCUCGCAUGGCUUGGUUCCUCAACUUGCUGCUGCAUUGAUGCCGAUUUGUGAGGCCUUCGGUUCCUAUGCACCCACUAUGUCAUGGAGUCUUAACACGGGGGAGGAAAUUUCUUCUCAUGUUGUAUUUUCAAAUGCAUUUACUCUGCUGCUGAAGUUAUGGAGAUUUGAUCAGCCGCCUCUGGAACAUGUAAUGGGAGAUGGUACUCCAGUAGGAUCUCAUUUAACCCCAGAAUACCUCCUAUUGGUGCAUAAUUCCCAGUUAGCUUCAUAUGAGAGUCCACCGAAAAAUCAAAAUAAAACAAAUAGACAAUCAAGAUUAUCAUACACAUCUCCGGUAGGACCCAUAUUUAUAGAUUCUUUUCCAAAAUUGAAGCGGUGGUACAGGAAGCACCAGGAAUGUAUUUGUUCUAUUCUUUCUGGUCUAAUACCGGGAAAUCCUGUUCACGAGAUUGUGGAGGCUCUCCUAAACAUGAUGUUUAGAAAAAUUAACAGAGGUCAAACUCUGGCUUCUACAACUUCUGGAAGCAGCGCCUCGUCUGCAUCUGGAGCUGAUGAUUACUCUCUCCGUCUUAAGCUACCUGCUUGGGAUAUUCUAGAGGCUGUUCCUUUUGUCCUUGAUGCUGCCCUUACAGCCUGUGCACAUGGAAGACUAUCGCCUCGUGAAUUGACCACAGGGCUCAAAGAUCUUGCUGAUUUUCUUCCUGCUUCUUUGGCCACUAUUGUAAGUUACUUUUCAGCAGAAGUGACUCGGGGUCUUUGGAAGCCCGCUUUUAUGAAUGGAACUGACUGGCCGAGCCCUGCUGCAAAUUUAGCCAUGGUUGAACAACAGAUACAUAGAAUAUUGGCUGCCACUGGUGUCGAUGUCCCAUGUCUUUCGGACGGGGGAAGCUCUAUGCUCACACUUCCGUUACCCUUGGCAGCUCUGGUGAGCCUCACUAUUACAUAUAAACUGGACAGAGGUUCUGAGCGUUUUCUAAAUUUGGUUGGUCCAGCCUUAAGUAGUCUUGGCAUAAGUUGCCCGUGGCCAUGUAUGCCAAUAAUAUCUUCUUUAUGGGCUCAAAAAGUAAAACGGUGGAGUGACUUUCUCGUGUUCUCGGCAUCCCAAACUGUGUUCCAUCACAAUCGUGAUGCCAUAGUUCAACUCCUCAGAGUCUGUUUCGCAGCAGCUCUUGGUUCAAACUCUUCCUCCGUUGCAAGCAAGGGUGGCGUGGGUGCUCUUCUGGGCCACGGCUUUGGUUCCAACUUUUCUGGAGGCCUUUCUGCUGUUGCCCCGGGUAUACUCUACUUAAGAGUUCACCGAGCUGUCAGAAAUAUAAUGUUUAUGAUCGAAGAAAUCGUCUCUCUCCUAAUGCACACCGUUAAAGAUAUUGUGAACAGCGGGUUACCCCCAGAGAAAAUGGAGAAGCUGAAGAAGACAAAAUUCAGUUUGAAGUAUGGCCAGGUUUCGCUCUCUGCUGCAAUGAGUCAGGUGAAGCUUGCAGCUUCACUGGGGGCUUCCUUAGUUUGGCUUACCGGUGGAUUAGGUUCGGUGCAGGCGCUAUUCAAAGAGAUACUACCGUCGUGGUUCAUAUCCCUUCACGGAUCCGACCCCAACCGACAGGAUUCAGGUGGCAUGGGCGCGAUGCUGGCUGGGUACGCCCUUGCCUACUUCACCGUAUAUUCCGGGAUAUUUGCGUGGGGAGUGGACUCGGCAUUAGUUGCAUCCAAACGACGGCCCAAGGUUCUUGAGAAGCACUUGGAGUUUGUUGCGAGCGCCCUUGAUGGGAAGAUAUCGCUGGGCUGUAACAGGGCCACGUGGAGGGCAUACGUGACGGGGUAUCUGAGUUUGAUGGUGAGCUGUACGCCCGCGUGGUUGCUGGAAGUCGAUGUGGAAGUUCUGAAGAGAGUGAGUAAGGGGCUGAAGCAAUGGAAUGAGGAGGAACUGGCUUUGGCUAUUCUUGGAAUAAGUGGGAUUGGUGCAAUGGGUGCUGCUGCAGAAAUGAUCGUAGAAACUGGAAUCUGAAUUUUGGUAGAUGACUAGUCACAAGAAUUUUAGCAUGUAUAGAAAAAACAGGACCUUCUCUUUCAAAUAUUAUUAUGUAUAAUUCAGAGAUAGAUGAUGUUCAUGUAUACUAGAGCAGAGUAGUAAAACUCAUAAAUUAUCAAUUCUAGUGGGACUAGCUUUUAUUUGAA